AUGACGGUGGGGAAAUAUCGACGAAAAGUCGGUGGGGUGGUGACCUCCAUUGGGUCGGUACGUGUUGCUUCUUUGCCUAGAGUUAUUGACGAUCAGAACGUUUUUCAUCUGGAUAUUCUCGUCACGCAGGUAGUGUUCCGGCCUACUGUUGGUCAUCGCUAUGAAGCGAGGGUCACUCAUAUCUCGGAAGACUUCUUGUCUGCUCUUAUUUUGGAAUCGAUUUCUAUAACAGCUCCUGUAGAUGACAAACUUCGGAGUAAUUUGAAAGGUACCUUCAAGAUAUUACAUUAA